AUGGCAGAUGAAAAGAUCCAGAAAUGGAUUCUGCAGUACGUUUGUCGUUCUAUGUGGAAUGAAUUCCGGAAUUCGCUUUCGGUCAGUGAUGACCAAAGAGAUCUGAUACAAGGUCUACUUCAGUUUGUUAAGACGUCACAUUAUUGCCCUGACACCAAUGUGCAGAGGACACUUCUGAUUCUACAAUGCUGGCUGGCAGAUGGAGAAGACUACAGCGCGCAGUAUUCAGAAAGUGCCCAUUCCUGUAAUAACACGGUGCUCGAAAACUUCCUUCAUCGGUUCCUUUGUCUACUGGAAAUGUUUGGAACCAACCGGACUGUCUAUAGCAAGUUUAUAUCUGCUGUGAAGGAACAGGCCGUACUUGUGUGUUGCAGGAAAAAGGACUUCUCUGUGGCAAAGGACGUUUAUAACAGGAUCUUUGAAGGGAGGCACACAGAGCUUGAAUCAGUGAUAAAGUCGAAGGACAGCAGCCAUCCUUUGCUUACGAGACGCCCAUAUGAUAUGUUUUUGAAGAAGGCGGUGUCAGGUCUACAGAGCAUCCAUGAGAAGUUGCCUACACCUGUGCUGGAGAAGGUAGCCGAGAACUUGCUGAAUGUGCGAGAGAGCGCUGUGGCAGAUGUGAUGGAUCACGUGACUGAAAAUCAGGGAGAUCAGAACGGCAACACGCUGGGAGACAUGCCUACUAGAGACGUAAAGAUGACACCUGAAACUCUGCACAGUGCUGCCCAGGCUUUAGGACAGCUGAACUGGCAGGCUUGCUUGAACAGACAGCAGUUGAACCUAAAGUUAGAACGAAUUCGGGAAGGAAUAAGAUCAGAUGAAGAACAAAGAAUGCAGAGAAGUUUUCAUCAAACAGAUGGCAGUGUUGGUAUGGUGCAGCCAGUAUCCACAGAUAAGGAGAAUACCAUACAACCAAGGACGUCCCCAUCAAAACAGAAUGUGAAUAGAGUAGUUCUGGAUAGCAGGGAAGUUCGUUCAAGAUUAAACAGAGAUUUUUCAAAGUUCAGGAACACAGCUGAAUCUACAUAUCAUUACCGACGCAACAGAAACAGGAGAGAUCGACACCGUCUUUCUGAGAGCAGGAGUAGUAUCACUAGUUUGUCUGACAGCUCAGAUGUGGGGAAUUUGCCAACACUUGGGGAUAAACCAGUGGUGAGGAGGAGCCUGCAGAUGUCCCCAGAGAGUAACACAUCCCGCUGUAGAAGCCGUGUGAAAUGGUCAGAGCAAGAGGUCAAGCAGUUGAGACAGGGGGUCAAGCGCUUCGGCAAAGGACAGUGGGCAAAGAUCAGAGACGCCUAUCCUUUCAAUGGCAGGACGUCUGUAGACCUCAAAGAUAAAUGGAGAAAUAUCGAAAAACAAGCUCCAGCAAGUGUCUGAAACGAUUAUUUUAAGUUGUAUUUUAUUGAAUACAAUUUUUGUAAUAUUUGGCUCAUAAAAUGAAAAAGUUUCAGGGCCAAAAUGGUGCUCCCAACAUAUACAGAAAGUAAAGAUCAAGUUAGUUGGAGAAUCGUUGUUAGGAUAGACCUAUUUAUUGGUGAC